GCUGCCUGCACAGCCUCGUCAUGAGCUCCCAGAACUCCUCCGACCCCCAGGUCCUUUGCAGCUCCGAGCAGCUGUUCCUGCAGCCCCUGUGGGACCACCUGAGGAGCUGGGAGGCCCUCAUACAGUCGCCCUUCUUCCCGGUCAUCUUCUCCAUCACCACAUACGUGGCCUUUUGCCUGCCCUUCGUGGUCCUGGACAUCCUGUGCUCCUGGGUGCCCGCCCUGCGGCGCUACAAGAUCCACCCCGACUUCUCGCCGUCCGCGAGGCAGCUCUUACCCUGCCUGGGGCAGACCCUCUACCAGCAUGUGAUGUUUGUGUUCCCCGUGACGCUGCUGCAUUGGGCCAGCAGGCCAGCCCUCCUGCCCCACGAAGCCCCCGAGCUGCUCCUGCUGCUGCACCACAUCGUGUUCUGCCUGCUACUCUUCGACACGGAGUUCUUCGUGUGGCACCUGCUGCACCACAAGGUGCCCUGGCUGUACCGCACCUUCCACAAGGUGCACCACCAGAACCCGUCCUCGUUCGCGCUGGCCACGCAGUAUAUGAGCGUCUGGGAACUGUUUUCUUUGGGCUGCUUCGACAUGAUGAACGUCACGCUGCUCGGGUGCCAUCCGCUCACCUCCCUGACCUUCCACGUGGUCAACAUCUGGCUGUCCGUGGAGGACCACUCCGGCUACAACUUCCCUUGGUCCACUCACAGACUGGUGCCGUUCGGGUGGUACGGAGGUGUGGUGCACCACGACCUGCAUCACUCUCACUUUAACUGCAACUUCGCUCCGUACUUUACACACUGGGACAAAAUAUUGGGAACGCUGCGGACUGCAUCUGUCACAGCGCGGUGAUGUGGCUGCGGUGCGUGCCCCUAAGACGUGGGACUGCUGUGCCUUUCACACUUGAAUCAAGAGAAACGCCUGAGCUAUAGAUAUUUUUUACGGCAACUAACUUAUUAACCGAUGAAAACCACAGAUAAAAUCUGAUGUAUUUUUGUAAUGUGACAAAGUAAUUUACAUACUGUUUGUGUAUCAAUACAAUUUUGUGUUCUUGGUAUUCUUAGUCUAGCUCACCGCAAUAGCCUUGAAUCCUGGAUAUGAAUUAGACAUUCAUCACUGGCAUAUAUAGAGUAUCUCUAAAAGGACUUGUUUGUAGAAUAAGGAAUUUUCUAUGUUUCAAAGUGUUCUAAAACCUGGCUUAAAGAACGUAUUUUUAUGGGUGGUGUUGACUUCUGACUCUAAAAGCAAUCAAACAUGUUUCUGCUGGACAGUGACCAAGAUUAUAGUACCUUUUUAUAUUUUUUAUAGAACUGUAUAUUUAUUUGGAAAGAAAUGUUAUUCAUGCUUUAAAAAAGAAAAAAAAAAAGAACAUGAAUCAAAUAAGUAUUGACUCCCAUUUCACUGGCAUUUUGACUGACAAAAAGGGAAGAGGGAGUGGGCAUACCAAAUGUGCUUCUAGGCCUCCAUCAGCCUUACCAUGGAAAGAGAGGAAUCUGGGUGUAGGGUGUUCUGUCGGGGGUUGUUGGAGAAAAGGAGGCAGGAGAAGGAGGUCUGUUUGUCGUUGUGCUCUAGCAAUUUCAUGGAGGAAAAAAAUGCUAAUGCUCCUAAUGGGUUUCAGCUGAUUUCUGCAUAACAGGCAAGUGAUAGGAUUACUCUGUAAAGUUUCAUAAAGAGAUUAACACUAAGCAAUCAAUCAUUUUAUUAUUUGUAAGAAAGGACUAGGGGAGGAACAGAAUCGGAGGUGUGCCUUGCUUUGCAGAACUGGUGAGUCAAUUGCAUACACUAGAGCAGCUGAUAGAUGCAGAAGGCGAUUCUGAGGAGGCUCCUGUUUUGUGAAGCCAUCCGUAGCUACUGCAAAUGAACCUCAAAGCAUUGCUUCUGAAAUCUGGAAUUUUUGCAUAUUCAGUUUUCUUAAUUAAAACACACAUGCAGCAGGUACAGCCCUUUCUAAAAGAAAGAUAAAGUGAAAUUUGGCCCUGGAUCCCUGGUUCCUCAUCUGGAAAAGGAGGAGGUGUCCCAGAUGUUCUUGCAGAUGACAGUAAAUAUUCUUAUUACUAACCACACAUCCAUCACCCAUCAUGCGCCCCAUCUAAUUCCUGCCUAUUCAUUUUAAUUUUGUUUUUGGAAUAUAGUUUAUAUAGUGUAAAGUUAAAAAUCAAGACAAUUUUGACAAAAUAUAAAGAAUGGCAGCUUUGUGUGUAAUUCUUGGCUCAUUAUUUUUGAAUCAAACUGUCAUGUUUAAAGGUAAAACAUCCAUUUAGAGACCUGGUCUCCACAGUCUGCCAAAUGAGACUCCCAAGAAAUAUGGUUAGGACCUCCAAAUAUUUGGCAGAAUGCCCCAGCGUGUGGAGCCUCACAGCCAGUUUUCACAUGUUCCCUUCAACGUGUGUAUUCCUUUAGCUUCUUGACUGAAAUUACCCCCUCCUCUGUCUGUAUCAGGACCAGACUGGGAUUUAAAGAUGGUAUUGAUUUAUAAAAGUGAAAUUCAUGAAAAGAGGAAGUGUGAUGUGAGGAGAAAAUGCUACAUUGACGGUAGUAUAUUAUUAUCAUGAUGCACGUGGCGCCUGGAGUAAGAAGAGAAGAAUAAACAGGCAGGUGUGGAGUCUAUGGUGCAACUAUUAGUUGUAAGCAGCUGUAGGCACGCAAAAGCUGUCCUGUAAAUCAUGGAUAAUGACAAUUUAUUACAGCUUAUCCUCAGAGAAUUGUAAAAAUGUAUCAUGUUGCAUCACUGCAUAAGGGAAUUUUAGGUUUGGGUCAGAUUAUACACAUGGAAAGUGCACAAUUUAGAUUUAGAAACACUUUCUCACAAUCGAAUGUCUUAACAGUUUUUAAUGCCUUGGAAGGUAGAACUGGGGAAGUGGAGAGGGUGAGCAGUUUUUCAGAUAGCUUGAGAACCUGUUAAUAAAAAUAGUAAAGAAAAAGUUCAUAUGCACGUGAGCUUUCACACAAUUUCUCACUUGCUCCUUUCAACAACACCAUAGGGAUGUAGAAUAAUAAUAAUUAUUAUUCUCAUCAUCAUCCUAUGUUAUGGAUAGAGGAUUGGUACCCACACAGGUUAAGUACAUUUUUCCAGGUUACAAAAUACGAGGAGUGGGAGCCAGUUCUACUAAACUUAGGUCUGGUAGUGUAUACUGUGCAUCUCUUCUGAUAAUAUAACUGCCAGAGAGCUGCAAACCCUGCAACACCAACAAAUGGCCUCCUUCUCUUCCUCCUUUGUUACUACCCCUAAAACAGUGUCACCCUGGCCCACUACUUCACUUCCACAAGGCUGCCAAAGCCUGUGCCUGGGUAGGGGAGAAAGCCAGGGGAGGUAGAUCAAGGCCAGUCUAAGCAGGCACUGGGAGAGCAGGAGGCAGGUCAAUGACUGUGUUUUCUGCAUCCUUCAUUGCACCUGUGCUACAAACGCAACUACUGCAGCCAGAUUACCUGGGUGGUAAUCUGGGUUCUGGGACUUACCAGCUGAGUGACUUUGGAUAAGUUGCUUAACCUCUCUGUGCCUUAGCUUCCUUUUCUAUUGAUCACAGACCGUCCCUUGCUGAGUUGUUGUGAGGGAUUUUUGAGUUACUAGAUGCGAAGUACUAGAUUAAUCCAAAAUCCUGGCUGUAGUCGUGUUUGCAGUGACUGAUGCUUUCCAAUGGACUGCAGUUCAGAAUGCUAAAAGCUUUUGUUCACAAACAUGCUUGUGCUCUCUCAUCUUCGAGGAAUCAAAUAAAGCUAAGUUGUUGGU